CCCUUCUCCGCCACCGUAGUUGUUUCUGAUGACAUAGCUGUUUUCCUAGGAGUUAAACAUGGCAAGUAAAGGGGGGAAACAGAGCCGCUCAAGUUCUGGGUUAUCUGGGAGGAAAGGAGCCGGGGAGCAGGAGGAGGAGCAGCAGCCGCUGCAGGCCGUUUUAGUUGCUGACAGCUUUAACCGGAGGUUUUUCCCGGUGACCAAAGACCAGCCGCGGGCUUUGCUGCCCCUCUGUAACGCUGCUAUGAUAGACUACACCUUGGAGUUCCUCACCUCCACUGGUGUCCAGGAAACAUUCGUCUUCUGCUGCUGGAUGGCCAGUAAAAUCAAAGACCACUUGUUGAAGUCAAAGUGGUGCAGACCCUCCUCUCCAAACACAGUUCACAUCAUCACCUCAGAGCUGUACAGAUCUCUUGGAGAUGUGCUCAGGGAUGUUGAUGCUAAGUCUCUGGUGCGCUCUGACUUUGUGUUGGUUUGUGGAGAUGUGGUGUCCAACAUUGACAUCAGUCAGGCCCUGCAGGAGCACAGGCACCGGCGAAAGACGGAGAAAAACAUCUCAGUCAUGACUAUGAUCUUUAAGGAGUCCUCACCAGGUCACAGGUCCCGCUGUGAAGAGGAUGAUGUUGUCGUGGCAACGGACAGCAAGAGUCAGCAGAUCUUACACUAUCAGAAGACACAAGGGCUGAAGAAGCUACAUUUUCCAAUGAAUAUUUUCCACAGUGGGAGUGAUGAGUUUGAAAUCAGGCAUGACCUCCUGGACUCUCACAUCAGCAUCUGCUCUCCACAGGUCGCCGAGCUCUUUACGGAUAACUUUGAUUAUCAAACCAGGGAUGAUUUUGUCCGAGGGAUACUGGUCAACGAGGAGAUUCUCGGCAAUCAGAUCCACAUGCACGUCACCAAGGACGGCUACGGUGUCCGCGUGUCCAACUUGCUCAUGUACGAUUCCGUGUCGUCAGACUUUGUGCGUCGCUGGUUCUACCCCCUAACACCUGAGUCCAACUUCACGGACCAGGAGGGACGCAGCUGUACUUACUCUCGCCACAAUGUCUACCGGGGAUCAGGGGUCAGCCUGGGCCACGGCAGCCAGAUGGAACAAAAUGUUCUCAUUGGCUGCGACACCAGCAUAGGUGCCAACUGCUUCAUCUCUAACAGCGUCAUUGGUGACAACUGCAUCAUAGGUGACAAUGUAACGCUGGACCACGCCUACAUCUGGAAUAAUGUUCACAUCGCCAGUAAUGUGGUGAUCAGACAGUCUGUGGUUUGCGACAAGGCCGAGGUCAAGGAGAGGGUGACCCUUAAUAAGCAGUGUGUCCUGUCAUAUGAUGUGGUGAUUGGACCAGACGUGUCUUUGCCAGAAGGAACUGUUGUUUCCAUGCACCAUCCGGAUGAGGAAGAAGAGGAGGAUGCUGAUGAGUUCCUCAGUGAUGAUGCUGAGGUUGGGCAGAGUAAAGACAAAACCAAACAGAAAGUUUUUAACCCGGCAGAGGUUGGAAGCCAAGGGAAAGGUUACAUCUGGAAGGCCAGCAGUCUGGAUGAGACGGAGGAAGAGGAGCUGUCUCAGUGUCUCUGGGGUUUGGUGUUGAACCCGGAUCCUGAGAGCGACAGCGAAGACGGCGAACCAGACGGCCCCGAUGACCUCAUGAUCCCCUCCCCUGAGAUGGAUGAUGUUAAAGUUUUCCAGAUGGAGGUGCUCGGGACUCUGCAGAGAGGUUUAGAGGAGAACAUUGGCUGUGAUAACCUGGUGCUGGAGAUCAACUCACUAAAGUACGCCUACAACAUCAGUCUAAAGGAGGUGAUGCAGAUUCUAACUAACGUGGUGCUGGAGUACCCCUUCCAGCAGCAGGGACCAAACCUCACCCCUGCACAAUACGUAGCCCUGCUUCUGCCGCUGUUGAAGCAAUGGGCACCAGUCUUUAAGAACUAUGUGAAGAGAGCACAGGACCACCUGGACUGUCUAGCUGCCUUUGAGGAGCAUUUUCUAGAGCAGGAGAGUCACUGGGCUGCUAUAGGGAAGGUCCUUAUGAACAUGUACGAGCUGGAGAUCUUGGAGGAGGAGAUGAUACUGCGCUGGUUCUCUCAGGGAGCCACGACGGAUCAAAGCAGACAGCUGCGCAAGAAUCCGGGGCUUCAGAAAUUCAUCCAAUGGUUGGAGGAGGCUGAAGAAUCUUCAGAAGAUGAAGAAUAACAACAAUCACUUCCUUACAGUUUAAUUUAUUAACUCUUUAGCAUAAGCUGCUGUGUGACUGAAGGGAAAUAAGG